UAUCACACCAUUCAACACAAGACCAAUAAAUAUUAUGGCUGGUCGAUACGAACUAGAAGUCACCAUUUCCGCAGCCAAAAACCUCAAAAACAUCAAUUGGCGACAUGGCCCUCUCAAACCUUAUGUUGUCGUUUGGGUUGACCCGAAACACAAAUACUCGACACACGUCGAUGAAGAAGGCGACGAGUCGCCUACUUGGGAUGAAAAACUUGUCAUCCCACUUGUCGAGUCCAUUGAAGACUCGACACUCUAUAUUGACGUAGUUCAUGCUAAUGCUGCUGAAGACGUAAAGCCCUUGAUCGGAUCAAGUAAGCUUAAAGUCAAGGACAUUGUUGAUAAAGCCGGGAUUGGUGAGGUGUUUGCCGAGAGUUUAAAAUUGAAGAGACCAUCAGGACGUCCGCAUGGCAAAUUAGAAAUGAAAGUUACUAUAAAAGAGUCUCAAUAUCGAGCCCCUGAUCCAUAUUAUGCUCCCCCAUAUGGUGUCCCAACAGGACAACCAGGCUUUCGUGAUGUCCCACCACCUUAUGGUGGGACAGCAAAUUACCCGUACGCUGCACCCCCUUCUGGAUACCAGUAUGCAGCUCCAUACGGGGGUCCACCAUAUGGGGGUCCACCUCAAUAUGGUCAGGCAUACGGGGGGCCAUCUCAAUAUGGCCACGCAUAUGGCGGACCACCUCAAUAUGCACAGGCAUACGGGGCUCCUGAUUAUGGGAGACAGUCGGGUAAUUAUGGAGAAUAUAAAGAAGAGAAAAAGAGCAAGUAUGGGAUUGGGACGGGGCUUGCGGUUGGUGCAGCUGCAGGGUUAUUGGGAGGGUUAGCGAUAGCGGAGGGAGUUGAUUAUGUGGAAGACAAGAUUGCCGAUGAUGCGGCCGAGAAGGUUGAGGAAGAUCUUGGUUAUGACGAUGAUGACUACUAGGCCAAUUCUUAUUAGUUUUCCUGUGUCGUUUUCUUUAUACUCUUUUUAUUAAUUUAUUUCUAUCAAAAAAGAUAUGUUAUGUGGUGUGUUUAAAUGAUCACUUAAAAA